AUGGUUAUAGAUGAUGACAUCAUCAGCAUCAUGAGAAUCAUUGUCAUAAGGAUGAACCUCAUCUCCAUUAACUCCAGCAGCAUGGAGCCAGGUCCUGGUGUCCCCAGCUCUGACAUGGUGGACUCCAUUCUUCUGUGUUAUGAGCAUGUCAAUGGGUCCUGUGUCAGAGACCUUGUUUUCUCCCCAUGUUUAAGAGUGAUCCUCUACCUCCUUGUCAGCUCCAUAGUUGUGCUCACUGGGGCUGGGAACAUGCUGGUUAUCGUCUCCAUCCUCCACUUUAAACAACUCCACACCCCAACAAACUUCCUCAUCCUGUCCCUGGCUGUGGCUGACCUGCUGUUAGGGGUUCUAGUCCUCCCUUUCAGCAUGGUGUACACCAUAGAGAACUGCUGGUACCUGGGGCACCUCUUCUAUCUUCCUGGUGGCCCAGAGACAGGCUCGCAGCAUCCAGAGCACCACCUUCCAGAACCAGAAGUCUGGAGCUGUGGCCAGCAAGUCAGAGAGAAAGGCCUUCAGAACCCUGGCUAUUGUUAUGGGAGUAUUUUUAUGUUGCUGGACUCCUUUUUUUCUUUGCAAUGUCUUCAGUCCUCUUCUUGGAGACUCUAGCCCCCCACUUCUUACUGGCACACUAAUCAUUGGCUAUUCAAACUCCUUUCUCAAUCCCAUAGUGUAUGCCUUCUUUUACAGUUGGUUCAGGAGAGCAUUUAAGAUGAUUGUUUUUGGAUCAAUAUUUAAGCCAGGAUCAUCAAACACUAAAUUGGUCUUGGAGUGAAUUUGAUCUGGAUUGUCAUAUCCAUCGUCUUGUUCAUAUAUUUCCUAAUAUGAGAUGUCUUCCCUGUCGUUUAUUCACACUUGUUCCGGGAGUACAACGGCACUUAGGAUGCUUGAUUGGACCUGAUGUUAGUUUCCUCCA